AUGGCGCCUACUUCGAAAUUGGGCCGUGGCAAAGCAUUGAAAAAUCAAACUAAGGAAGUACUGCAUAAAAUAUACACAUAUUUCGAGACAGAGAUAGAAAGAGACCCGAAUUCGACAGUGACGGCCGCGCAGUUGGUAGCACACUCGACCGGCGUGUCAACUACGGCUAUCAAACGGCUGCUCUCCGAAUACAAUGACAAAGUCACAGUGAAGAAAGAACACUCUACGACCACCAAGAGAAAAAUCAAAAAGGUCAUAACUUCGGACGACUUUGAUAGCCCGGCAAUACGGAAAGUAAUCCAUGGAUUUUAUAACAGAGACGAAGAAUUCCCUGUUAUGAAAGAUUUAUACUUAAUAAUGAAGGGCGAUAUCGACUAUCAAAGGUCACUAUGCACUUUGAGAAGAGACGUCGCGAAAUUAGGGUUCAAAUGGAUGGAGAAAGAAGACAAUAAUAGUAUAUUGAUAGAAAAACACGAAUUAAGGUUUGCAAGAGUGCAGUAUUUGACACGAAUUGAAAAUUAUAGAGCUCAAGGACGGAAUAUAGUUUACACCGGAGAGGUAGCUAUUGAAAGCAGCAGAAUCUCUUCAAAACCUAAACCCGAUGGCAGCUCAAUAAUGCUGAAACAACCGGCAAAGUCUAGACUUAUACUUUUACUGGCUGGAGACCAAAGUGAAGUUUACAAAGAUACUUUAUUCAUGUACGAUGGAAACAAGAGAGACGUUAAUGAAAGUGAGUGCAAAAAGGAGAAUUUUGAGCAAAUGGAAAAGUGGUUUAAAUACCAUGUGAUACCGACGUUGAAAGCAAAUAGUGUAGUGGUUGUCGAUGGGGGCUCAGCGUACCACAACCGUGUUUCGAACCCGGUUCCCCAUUCUAACUCGAAACGGAAAGAAAUGAUGGACUAUUUAACCGCGCGAAAUGUGCCGUUUACGGAGAAUAUGUACAAGUCACAGUUGUACCAAUUAGUGCAAACACAUAAGGACAAAUUUCUUGAUUACAAGACGGACGCCUUACUAAGAGAACAGGGACAUAUAGUUCUACGAUUGCCUCCUCAUCACAAGGAACUCAGUCCCAUUAAAAAUAUCUUAACUCUAGUGAGAAAUUACGUAGGGCAAAACCGAAGAAUGAGUAUGGAGAGUGUCAUGAAAAUUUCCAAAGAGAAAGUUUUGUCUUUUCACAAUGAAGACUGGAAUAUAGCGUGUAGAGAAGUGGAAGCUGAAGAGAAUAAUCUAAAAGCAACUGAUAAACUCAUAGAUGAGAUUUCUGAAUCUUCUAUCAAAAAGAUCGAGGGGGAUUCGGAAGUAAGUGAUCAAGAAGAAAUAGACUCUGAUUCAGAUAGUGAUUAG